AUGCGCGCCACGCCUCGCGCACCCCUGCGUCCCCGCCAGGACGCACACAGCGUCGACAUAUUCAAGCGGAGCUGGGAGGUCUACCAGACCGUCGUGGCCCACGACAGCGUCCACCACAAGCAGCUGUUUGGCGCCAUCAGAGACUACCUGGAAGGCCGCCCGGGCGACAAGCUGUCGAUCCUGGACCUCGGCUGUGGGGACGCCGGCUGCCUCGCGUCCAUCAUCGCCGGCACGCCCUCCCUGCGCGACCGCAUCACAUCAUAUACCGGCAUCGACGCGUCCGCCCCCGCGCUGGCGCUCUGCCGCACCAACAUGGCCGCCGCGCUCGGCGGCGGCGGUGGCGGCGCGGCAGGGGCGGCGGAAAUCGACCUGAGGGAGGGUGGCAUGCUGGAGGGGCUGGCGGCGGCGGCUGAAAGAGGGGAGCGUUUCGACGUGGUGCUCGCGUCGCUGUCGCUGCACCACCUGAGCGAGGCCGAGAAGGCGCGCGCGGUGGAGGCGGUCGGGCGCGUGCUGGCGCCCGGCGGCGCGUUCGUCAUCUGCGACAUCUUCCUGCUGCCGGGCUGGAGCCGGGAUGAGUUCAUGAGGCAGUACCAUGCUGAUGUUUACGAGGUCAACGGUGGAUGGCAGGGGCAGGACAAAGCAGGUAAGGACCUGCUGUGGGCGCACAUUUCGAACUACGAUUUCCCGGUGGAACUCUCGCACUACCAGGCCGCCGCCGCCGCCGCGCGCGCGGCGCCGGGCGGCGCGUUCAUCAGCGCGGAGGGGCGCGUGCUCACCGAGGUGUUCGUGUACAAGGUGGCGGCCUGGGAGGCGCCGCCCGCUGCCGCGGCAGAGGCGGCGGCGGCGGCGAGCUGA